AUGAUCGCGAGAACCAACUACUAUAUGCCAUAUUCUUUGUGGAAUCUCACACCCAGUUCAACACCCACAAGUUCUCCAAGUUCGUCGGUGGUCUUCGGCGAAGGACAGGCGAUGAACUCCAGGCCACUGAGCCUAUCCAUCCCGUCCGGGAACUUUUCAGCCGCCCGGCCGACGCUGGAUGAAGUGCUCUCUAAUACUGCCCCCUUCCCUUAUACCCUGAGCGCCUUUAUGGCCUAUUUGUCUCAAAAUCACUGUUUGGAAACUUUAGAAUUUACUUUGGAAGCAAAAAGAUAUGGAGAAACCUACCGAUCCGUGGCACGCGUACUUGGUCAACCCGUCAUCGUGUCCGACACACCGCAGACGCAGCAUUUGCUGAUGCUUUGGCAACGCCUAUUGUCGGCCUACAUUGUUCCAGGUGCUCCGCGAGAAAUUAAUUUAUCGUCACAAGUGCGUGAUAACUUGCUCGCCGACGCACGUGCUACGAGACCGCCGCCGCCACAAACAUUGGAUGCGGCUAUCCGGAGGAUGCAUGAUUUGAUGGAGGAGUCUAUUUUCAUCCACUUUGUGAACAGUAACAGUUCACCAGCGAAUAUUCCUACCUCGAUGGAUUCAUCAUAUGUAGACGACCACCCGCACUUCCUUCGGCGAGUUGCUUCUCGUGGAAAGAGAGUCUCACCCCGUGCCUCCAGAGACGAUGUUGAGUCGCAUCGCAUGUCCGGAUCAACUCGGAUUGCGGCCAUCGUCAAGACCGGUAGCCACCUAUCGGGACAUAGUUCAGGGAUGGACACGGGGUCUCCUAUCUUCACCGACGAUUCGGGAAGCCUGGCAUCAAGUCCGGUAGCCGGAGAACCCAUGACACCACCAACCACACCUCCUUCGAGCGACCACAGUUUUAGCCCUAAGAACCGACCUGACAACACAUGGAAAAAGAUGGGCAUGAAGCUGGGAUUCAAGAAGAAACAUGGUACCUCAUCAAGUCGUGAUGGAAGAUGGGAGGAAUAA